UCUUUGCCCAUUUCAGAACUUUGAAAACCCUUUUAGUAUAAUUUUUUUACAUGCAUAGUGGUUCUUGAACAGGGUUUUGCCAAUUUUACAGGAGCCAAGUUUUGGCUUCUGAUAAAAAAAAGUGACUGUAAUGUUAAGUGUUGUAGUUUAGGACUGAUAGAGUAUAAUCAUUUCAUUGUCUAAAAUGGUGAAUGUUUUUAUAACCUGCCUUGCUGCUUGUCUGUUGCACAUGUUGCACAGUGCACCUAACUCCAUUUCUUGGUGCUAUCAUAAGGCUUCAUGUAGUGACAUCGUUUGGCACAUAAUCGCAGAAAAAGACCGUAAUGGCACUCAACAGUCUCCCAUAGACAUUGUAACCACCGAUGUGCACACUAAUACUACUCUGACUCCUUUCACCUUCACGGGCUACAAUGAAGAUGCAACCUUAACUGAAAUCACAAACACUGGCACCACAAUUCAAGUUACACUUGAUCACAAGAAAAUGCAUGUGGAAGGAGGUGGUCUGCCAGGCCUGUUUGCAAGUACUCAGUUUCACUUUCACUGGGGUAAUGGCAGUGCCACACCUGGGUCUGGACAUAGUGUGAAUGGCAAACGAUACUCUAUGGAGUUGCAUAUCGUGAGUAAGGCUGAACACAAUGGCAGUCUGCCCAAUGAUUCGAUAUUAGCAGCUUUUGGUUUCUUCAUUGAGGCCUCUAAUGACACUGGGAAACCAGAGAGCUGGAAACUCUUAAUGUCUUAUCUCACAGAAAUUGCCAGUGCAGGUGAUAAAACACGUGUUUCCGACAAGCUCACCAUGGAUGAUCUGCUUUCUGGAGUGGACCGUACUAAGUAUUACCGCUAUCUUGGGUCUUUGACUACACCCAACUGUGAUGAAGGUGUGAUUUGGACCAUCUUUAAAGACCCCAUUAAAGUCAGCCAAGAUUUGAUUGACCUCUUCACUACGACUGUCUACAUCAAUAAAAACUCCAACUCCCCUCUAAUGACCAACACAUUCAGGGGUGUUCAGCCCAUCAAUGGCAGGAUUGUGAGGUCACCGAUAGUGGGUACCAAAAUUACUGGCCUCCUAAUGCCAACAUCGCCUACCACAACCACUGCUAUUCUAAAGCUGACUUCGACUACCAAAACCACUGCUAUUCUAAAGCCGACUUCGACUACCAAAACCACCGCUAUUCUAAAGCCGACUUCGACUACCAAAACCACCGCUAUUCUAAAGCCGACUUCGACUACGUUCUCAUCGGUGUCACUGUAA